GGCCGGGAGGUCUCCUGCCACGGGGGCCUUUGUUCAGAGCUUCCGUGGCGGCUGUGAUUCAGCUGCUCAGAGCUUGCCUUGCCCCCAGCUGUCUCUUGGGAGACACACGAGGGAUUUAAAGGUGCAGCAUCAUGGUUAUGAAAGCUUCAGUAGAAGAUGAUGAUUCAGGAUGGGAACUCGGUAUGCCUGACAAGAUGGAAAAGAGUAAUGCAAGCUGGAUAGAUAUAACCCAGGAUUUUGAAGAAGCUUGUAGAGAACUGAAGUUAGGAGAAUUGCUUCAUGACAAGCUUUUUGGUCUUUUUGAAGCCAUGUCUGCCAUUGAAAUGAUGGAUCCCAAGAUGGAUGCUGGUAUGAUUGGAAACCAAGUUAACAGAAAGGUUCUUAACUUCGAGCAAGCAAUUAAGGAUGGCACCAUUAAAAUAAAAGAUCUCACUUUACCUGAGCUAGUAGGAAUAAUGGAUACAUGUUUUUGUUGUUUGAUAACGUGGUUAGAAGGACAUUCCUUGGCACAGACGGUAUUCACCUGCCUUUAUAUUCAUAAUCCAGACUUCAUAGAAGAUCCUGCUAUGAAGGCUUUUGCUCUUGGGAUCCUAAAAAUCUGUGAUAUUGCCAGAGAAAAGGUUAACAAAGCAGCUGUUUUUGAGGAGGAAGACUUUCAGUCAAUGACUUAUGGAUUUAAAAUGGCCAACAGUGUGACAGAUCUUAGAGUUACAGGUAUGCUGAAAGAUGUAGAAGAGGACAUGCAAAGACGAGUGAAGAGCACUCGAAGUCGACAAGGAGAAGAGAGAGAUCCAGAAGUUGAACUUGAAAUGAGUGCAGUUGCAGAAGCUCAGAAACUAAUGACUCAGGCAGCUGACUUGCUUUCUGCUAUCCACAAUUCAUUGCAUCAUGGUAUGCAGGCACAGAACGAUACCACUAAAGGAGAUCAUCCUAUUAUGAUGGGCUUUGAACCUCUGGUUAAUCAGAGAUUGCUGCCACCAACUUUUCCUCGAUACGCAAAAAUAAUUAAAAGGGAAGAAAUGGUCAAUUAUUUUUCCAAACUAAUAGACCGAAUAAAAACUGUAUGUGAAGUGGUCAACUUAACUAAUUUGCACUGUAUACUGGACUUCUUCUGUGAAUUUAGUGAGCAAUCACCAUGUGUUCUUUCAAGAUCCCUAUUACAGACAACUUUCCUAGUAGAUAAUAAGAAGGUGUUUGGUACUCACCUCAUGCAAGACAUGGUGAAAGAUGCUUUAAGGUCUUUUGUCAGCCCUCCAGUCCUUUCUCCAAAAUGUUGUCUUUAUAAUAAUCACCAGGCGAAGGACUACAUUGAUUCCUUUGUGACACAUUGUGUUCGGCCGUUCUGUAGUCUGAUUCAAAUCCAUGGACACAAUAGAGCUCGUCAGAGAGAUAAACUUGGUCACAUUCUUGAGGAAUUUGCCACCCUGCAGGAUGAGGCAGAGAAAGUAGAUGCAGCACUUCAUAGUAUGUUACUGAAGCAGGAACCACAAAGACAACAUUUGGCUUGCUUGGGCACCUGGGUCCUAUAUCAUAACCUUCGUAUUAUGAUACAGUAUCUUCUCAGUGGCUUUGAGCUGGAACUUUACAGUAUGCAUGAAUAUUACUACAUAUAUUGGUACCUGUCAGAGUUCCUCUAUGCCUGGUUGAUGUCAACACUGAGCCGUGCUGACAGUGCUCAAAUGACAGAGGAGAGAAUAAUGGAGGAGCAACAGAAGGGACGUAGUAGUAAGAAAACAAAGAAAAAGAAGAAAGUUCGUCCUCUCAGCAGAGAGAUCACCAUGAGUCAAGCAUACCAAAAUAUGUGCGCUGGGAUGUACAAGACAAUGAUUGCAUUUGAUAUGGAUGGCAAAGUAAGAAAACCUAAGUUUGAACUAGAUAGUGAACAAGUUCGGUAUGAGCACAGGUUUGCUCCAUUCAACAGUGUUAUAACACCACCCCCAGUGCACUAUCUGCAGUUUAAAGAAAUGUCUGAUUUAAAUAAGUAUAGCCCACCUCCCCAGUCAUCAGAUCUCUACAUGGCAGCUAGCAAACACUACCAGCAAGCUAAAAUGAUUCUUGAGAAUAUUCCGAAUCCAGACAAUGAGGUCAAUCGAAUUCUUAAAGUUGCAAAACCCAAUAUUGUGGUCAUGAAGCUGCUAGCAGGAGGCCACAAGAAAGACUCUAAGGUUCCUCCAGAAUUUGAUUUCUCUCCUCAUAAAUACUUUCCAGUUGUGAAACUUGUUUGAGGGACAAGAAAUUAUUGUUAGAAUACCUGAAGAUACCUGUGUAGCAGGUACCAGCUGUAAGAGGGAAUAUCUAGACUUGCACUCAGACUGCAAGGGACCUCCAGGAUACAAAGUACUGUUACAUGGAAUAUGUGUAGUCAGUUGUCUUCAUUUGAUCUGAAUGACAGCUGUUUUUUAAAGUGGUUUGUAUAAAGUUUAAUGCAUUUUAUGCGUGAAGCUGACUUUAAUCAACUGUAUUGUUGAAGAAUGUCAUACUUUUAAUUGAUUGUAUACAGAGUUAAUCAGCAUUUUUAUUAAUGUGUUCUGAGAGAAAAUGGUGGUUUAGGGACUGAAUAAAAAUCAUGCAAAGUUCUCAUUCAGCAAAGUCACUUA